AUGCGACUAAUCAACACGAAAACCUUGGAGCUCCAUGAGUUCUUUAGCGAAAGUACGCCGCCCUAUGCGAUCUUGUCUCAUGCUUGGGGCGACCAAGAAGUUAGCUUUCAAGACUGGCAGAACCGCCAGCAAGUCACUCAGAAACACGGAUAUACGAAGAUCCUGAAAGCAUGCAACGAAGCUCUGAAACACAAGUUGGAGUGGCUUUGGGUCGAUACGAACUGCAUCGACAAGAGCAGCUCGGCAGAGUUGUCAGAAGCCAUUAACUCGAUGUUUGAAUAUUAUGAGAAGUCUGAAAUCUGCUUUGCUUACCUCGCCGAUGUCCCUACUGCCAGCCAAGCUGAGGACACGCUGAAUUCUCAAAUUGAGAAAAGCCGUUGGUUCACUCGUGGUUGGACACUUCAAGAGCUUUUAGCGCCCAAACAUCUCAUGUUUUAUACCGCGGAUUGGUCGGCCAUAUAUAAAGAUCAUUUUACUUUAGUCUCAAUAAUCACCAAAAUCGAUUACGAGUUUCUCAGUGGGGAAGUAAGCCUUCAAGAGGCUUCUGUAGCGGAGAGAAUGUCUUGGUUGGCGAAAAGAACAACAACACGCACAGAGGAUAUGGCAUAUUGUAUGCUCGGUAUAUUCGGUAUCAAUAUGCCAUUGCUAUAUGGCGAAGGAAAGAGAGCAUUCGUACGGCUUCAAGAAGAGAUCAUCAAAACUUCCAAUGAUCACACCAUUUUCUGCUGGGGAUGGAACGAGGAUGUUCCAAGGAAUUGGGCGAGCUUUCUUGCCCCAUGGCCAAUUACUUUUGAGGGAGCCGGAGCCUUUGAAAUAUUGGAAAGCGACGAUGUCUCUGUCUUUUCCAUGUCGAACGGUGGCUUGUCAAUUCGGCUCCCUGUCCUUCCAGAGACUGCACCAAAUUCCACCACGAUCGACUUGUGGCUCGUGAAACUGCAAGCUACAUCAAGAAGAUUCCCUUACCCUACGAAGCCAGCGUGUAUCCGUGUAGUAGGCCGCCGGGUAGGUGAGUUACUCUAUGUUGCACGCUUUCCCUACCCUCCUCGACCAGUUAGUAUAUCGACAUUCCCCAUUUUAGCCCCGAAAAGACCUCUUCUUGUUAUGAAUAAACUAUCAAACACAAGGCUAUAUGGGAAUCAAUAUCAACCAGACUUUCGUUAUCAGCCUCUUAAGUUCACAAUCGUGGAACAGCCAGGCGAUUUCCGGACCGCGUGGCAUUGUGUUGCUUUAGAUGGAUGUAAUUGCGAGUCAGAGCGAAAAGGCAACACAUUCCGGCUUAGACUUCAUAGCAAGGGUGUCUGGUGGGCUGCAGUCAUAGUAGGUACAAUGGAGAGUCUUCCACAAACAAGAAUAUGCAUCUUGCUGGGGGGCACCUCGCUUCAUGGCUCUCGAGGUAUUUCUGUGGGCCUCGUGAAAGCACGAGGAGAUGGUCCUCACAUAGGUCAAAAAGAUGAGAAUGAUGCUAUUUUGCAUCAGUGGAGUCAGCAGCUCCAGCUGAACGAUCAAAUCGCACUACCGGCUGCCUUUGAGAGUUUGCUAGGAAUAAGUAUCACGCUACACGAAUCUCGAGGGGGGCUGGAAGCGGAUACUCGCGUAUUAUGCCUCUAUAAGGACCAGUUUGGCAGAUCUGUCUAA